AUCCAUAUGCUGCUAGUACUGAUUUCUCCUUGCAACACACAUGCUCACACCCAGAGAAGCUGAACUUGUAACCUCAGAGAGGGGUCAACAUGGGUAUUAAUCAGUCAGAUUCAGAUCAAUAAGUGUCCACGAAACACCAAUGCAAACUGUCACCCCAGAUAACCCCAACACUGCUACUGUAGUCAGAGCCAGUAAUUGAAUUCUGUGCAGAAAUUCAAUAAUGUAAAGUCAGCAGAGGCAGUAAAGGCCAAGGCACAUUGUUCAGACCUCCAAUAGGCAAAGAGAGGAAACCCACCUUAGCUGGUCGGUCUCAGAGGAAGUCCUAACCGCUGAUUUAGUGGAUUAAGUCCAUAUCAUAGCCACUCAGUCAUCACUGGAGCUGUGAGAUUGCUGAGCAGAGUUGUAGGGCUUAUAAAAACAAAAGCUAUAAUGACAGAUGCUCUAAAGUAGCCAUUUUUUCCUGAUUUCUUGUAAGGUUUUCUCGUUUGGGCUGCUGUUGGAAAUUAUUAGUGAGGGUUUGAUUGCAUUUAGUAUUCAAAUUUAGAAGUUUCAUUUCGUGAUUAUCAGUAAAAUAUUGCUUUAAAAAAACAUCAACAUCGAUACCAGAAGAAUAGUCGGGCUAAUAUUUUAUCCAUAAUAAGGAGUUUAGGGUGUGCACAGUACUAUAGUAUUGAAUACAAACCACUCCUGUGUUCUGUAAAACGUGGCAGGUCACUCGUGUCAGAACUUUCAGAAUAAGACGUCUCUGUCUGCUCUUAACUGGCUGUGUGUGCAAUGAUGUCCUAUAUCUACUGCCAUGAGCAAAUAUGACCUGUUGACCUGUGCAUAGACUCAAGUGUUCGUCAUCAAUGAAGACAGUGUGAGACUGAACACUGGGCCCUCAGCUUUAGCACCACCACGUCUAACCACAAGUGAGUUAUGUUCCAUGUUUCACACAGAGAGACUCGUUUUGACUGUCAUGAAAUGAAUGUCGACCUUUCGUGGGAAGUUCUGUUGGUGCUCUCAUUCAGAAAACAGUAGACAAAAGUCACCCUGAGGCAUUCGUCAUGAGGCAUCUGACCAAAUGUCCAUGUAGCUCGCAUCUUGUCGGGUUUUUACUGAUUUAUGAUACUACACACAAAGCUGUCUUUAGACGCACAGAGGAAGGAAGAUUUGUGAACCUGUUCUUCAGUACCUCGGCUCUUCGGAAAGGCCUCGGGGUGAGCGGAGAGGAACGAGGUCUGUGUUCCUGACUGUCUCCCAUCCAUAAUGAAUUGAUGACAACAAUUAGAGGCUGCUGUCGAGCACUCUUCUGCUGUCAUGCCCAACAGCCAGAGAUACUCGCACUCUUUCAUUACAAGCAAGCAUGAAAGAGUGAAUCGGAGAGUAAUGCGCUCCUUUUGCUUCACAUGUAGGCUGGUUCCUUCCUGGUCUGCCUCCAGCAGAGCUCACCCGCCUGCUGCUGACAGAUUUAGACGGUCACAACAGGAUGUCGGAUGAUUUCUACCUUGAUUAAAGCAAAUACAUUUUGUGCUUUCUGUGGUAGAAAUGGAUCCUCUUAAAUGUCCAUUAUUAGUUGGUAUAAUUUGUGCACUUAUUGCUUAAAAUGGGUGUUUUGUAGUCAUUCUGAUGUUCAUAUGUCCUACAGGACACCAGCAUCUUUGACCAAGUGAGCUCAGUUUAUAUGUAUGCUGUAUUUGUAAAUGUUAUUGUAUAUAUUGAUAAUACAGUGAUUGAUAUAAUUUUUAACAUGCUAAAAAAGACAGUAUCAUGAUAAUGGAAAUAUUUCGACUUGUUGAGCUAAUGACUUCUUGUUUUUUGGUCAGUCCACUUUUGUACAGACUGAUAUAUCUGUGAAAUAUUGGCCAGACAUUCACAGUUCAAAUAGAUGAAUCCUAGUAACACUGAUGAUGCCCUGCUAUGUAUUUAACAAGUGUUUGCAGCCUUAACUGCUAAUCAAAAGCUUUUGGCAUUAUCAUUGUGAGCAUGUUUCAUGCUGACAUUAGCAUGUAGCUUACAGGCUCGUAGAUGCACUAAGACUUAUUGUUGUACAUAAUUAGACUGUUGUGGCAUUGAAAUGUGACAGAAGCAUCUGUCAGACUGCCAUAACACCCUGUCAUGAUUUUGCUCGCUAAUAGAAAGCGUCCCAUAAGGAGAGCUAUCAGGAGUAGGAGUUAAAUAUAACGCUGCAGUUCUCUUUAAAACAGAUUAAAAUAAGGCCAGUGGCUGAUUUGGUAAUUGUACUAUAGUGUUUUACACAACUAACAGCUGCGAAAGCUAGCGAGCACCGCUUUGAUAAGGCUUAUAUAAUGUAACAGAGUGUGUGCUGUGUGGGAGUUUGAGAUGUAACCUGCAAAGUUUCCCCACGAACGUAAACAAACUUUGAUCGCGGAGCAGGGGAGAGAGAGCGCCGUGGGGCGAGAGGGCACAGGAUCUGGCGCUUGGGAGCCGUGCAUGUGCUUUUUUUGGGGGACUGCUGAGAGUGACCCGCUCAAACAAAAGUGUGAGUGAGCGUCUGUGGGAGUGAGCGCGCUGUGCAUCAAAAAGCUGACGAGCCCGAGCUUGUGCUCCGCAAAGUAUCUUUGGAAUUUGGCUUCCUUCUCUCUUCUGUCUUUGUCCCAGUGCUGACCUGUGCAUCUCUGAGGUUGUUAAAUGCCCUCUCUUCGUGGUGAACCAUUCCUUUGAAAGCUUUGUUUUUCCCGCAGGACACCUGAUUACAAUAUUUUAGGAGAGAGCAUCCUUGAAGCCCUCUUCUUGAAGGCUGCCUGCUUUUGUUUGUGAUUGCAUUAAAGUGGCAGUAUGGUGUUUUGCACGAGUUAGGAUAUCAUUCUGAGAAAACUCAAGCCAAAACCUUCUCUUGCCUUUCCUGUAUGCACAGCUCCAGAUCACUAGGAUUAUACAGACAAAAAAAAUGUGCUUUCACAUCAUGACCUGUGACACUUACUGAAUGGGGAGAGGGAUUCUCAGGUUUAUAUACAUUUACAUGCAAUAUUGAUGCCUCUUUCAGUGUGUUAAUUGGAAAAGGGUGAUAAUAUUCAGUGUUGCUCUUACUCUAUUUCAAAAUCAACUGUGCAGUCCUGCAAGAUAAUUAAAGUGAUGCCAAGCUGCAUUCAGCAUCCUUGCAAGAGCACCACACCCCCGUACAGAGCCCUGUAACCAAUGGCAGCUUCAGUCCAGACUCUUCCUCUGACCCGUAGCCCUAACAAAAACUUCCGGAACCCUUUCCCAGUCCCAUCUCUCUCCUCCCGUUGCGGCAUGGGAAGUGUAGGCAGUCUGGUGGAGAGGCCAGAUGUUUCUGCAACUAAAGGCAGCCGUGCAGUACCGCAGGUGAGACCCAAACAGACCAACGGCCUCCUAAAGAAAGGCUUCACCCAAAGAGAGCUACUCAACUACCUCAACAUCACCAGAAAAGAGCCUAAAGUGAACACAAGCAGCAAAGGCAAGAAGGACAUAAUCUCUGGCUUCAGCUCUUCCAGUGCCCACGAGGAGGACGACUUAUAUGCCAAGGUCUACGAUAAAGAUGGCAAUGAAGUAGAUUUGACAAAGAACUCACUGCCAAGUGGGGGCAAGUAUGAAAAGGCUCGUUUUAGGUCUUCUGCCUUCAAGCCUGUCACCCCAAAAAACUUCAGCUCCAUGCAAAACCUCUACCCGUCUUCCAAGUCAGAGGAUGUGGAACAUGGCCUUUCCAAUGGCCUGCACAGAGCCUACGGCCAUAUCCCUAAGGCUGUCUCCACCUCUUCCUCCUCCUCCUCACCGUCGCGUCACGGAGGACCAGCAUCCAGUGGUAACAAGGCCCUCUCCUCGGUGCGGGGGAUGAGCCAGGAGGAUGAUAACCUGUCAGACUCAGGCCAUAACUCCAUGAGCAGCCUGCCGCCGUAUCGGCCUCCUCUUCGCCCACACCUGGCUCACAUCAGUGCAUCUAUGGGUCACAUCAACACUAUUGGCUCCCUGGAUCGCACCUCUCUGGGGCAAAAGGCUAUAGCUUCAGGGGGCGUGGCCAUAGGGGAAAUGGCGUGUCGGAGCAUGGCAACCCUGAGCCGUUUGGCUCCAUUUGGAGGGGAGGCUCCACCUCCUUAUGAAUGGACACUCUCCCUGUCUGUUGAGGAAGUAGUCCGGGAUCUGGAGGAGCGCCUGGUGGAGAAAGAGCACGAGCUGAAACAGAUGAAAAGAAACCUGGAUGAAAGUGAAGGCGCAAUCGCUCAGGUGUUUGAGGGGAAGCAGCGACUGUGGGAGAAGGAGGUGGAGGAGCUGAAACGGCUGUAUGCCACCAAGCUGCGUCAGAUUUCCCAGCAUGCCCAGCGUUCCCAGCGCAGCCUGCAGUUGCAGCUUUACAAGGCCCAGCAGGAGAAGAGUGGACUGCAAGAAGAGCUCGACAACCUGAAAAGGGAAAGAAGCCAGGAGGUUGGAGCCAUGGCAAAGCGAACUAGUCCAACUCUGGAAGAGACGCAGUGGGAGGUUUGCCAGAAGUCAGGGGAGAUCUCCUUGUUGAAGCAGCAGCUCAGGGUUUCCCAAGCGGAGGUGACCCAGAAGCUGAGUGAGCUUUUCCAGCUGAAGACGCAGCUCAGGGAGACCCGCACAGAGCUGCGCAAUAGAGAAGACCAGAUUGCUGCACUCGAACUAGUCGUUCAGAGCACACAGCGUGGCAGAUGCCCCUCUCAGGAUGGAAAAGGAGCUGAAGAAAGUCCUUCAGCUGGGACAACAGGAGGGUGUGGGGGCUCGACAGAGGAGCGUCUGCGUGCAGAGCUCCUGCUGGAGCGACGCCAGAGCGAGGCCCAGGCCAUGGCUUUCGAGGAAGAGAGGCAGACAUGGCAGACAGAGAAAAACAAGGUCAUCCGCUACCAGAGGGAGCUGCAGUCCAGCUACUUAGAGAUGUACCACCGCAAUGAAGCACUGGAGAGGGAACUGCACCAGCUGAGAGCAGGCAGAGAGCAAGGGGGAGUAGCAGGUGGAGGAGGGAGCAGAAAUGGGACAUUGGAAAGAGAAGUGCCAGAGCUGAGAAGUGAGAGAGUGGGUCAAAAACAAGAAGACAGACCCUCCUCUGGUUUACCGUGGAUCGAGAGAAUUGAAUCAUCUGAAAUCUGAAUGUGACUUCUUUGCAACGCAAACUGUUUUCUCCCUGUAUUUUGGUUCUAUGGAAAAUCAUGUCUGCCAGUAAAAGGAAAAUAGACUGACUCAAAUUAUGUUUGGAAGUAAAAAUUAGAGUUCCCCACUUGGUUAAUUAUGAAAAAAUAACAAAUUCAUGAUGUUGAACAUUCAAAAUGUUGUCUUAUUUCUUAAACGAGAGCACUACAUUGAAAUUUUGAUUUGUUAUGUCAAAAUGAUCAGAUGCUAAGUCAACAUCGACUUAGUAUCACAUACGUUUGAUUUAUUAUUUCUUAAUUUUCACUUUUUGGAGUAUUUUACCAUGCAUACCUUUUCAUCUAUUUUGUCUUACUUUCCUGGAGAAAAUGGACUUCCAUAGGCCCUCCAUGGGUUCCUGUAUGUUUGCCAUAUUCUACUCUUGCACCACUCUUGUUUAAUGACCUUUUCCUGCAAAGACUGGACCAGAAACUUUCUACAGAGCAGGCUAAUACUGAGGGUAAACACUGUCUGUGCCUCCACUAGCCUUGGCAGAAGAGUGGUGUCAAUUCUAUAAAUAAAAAAAAACAAACAAGAACCUAGCCUGCUUAAGCAUUUGUCCAAUUACAAACCCUGUAAAUGAGCAAAAUUGAUAUGCUGGCUAUUUCGUGUUCAUUUUGUUGUUACCUUUUGGUUUGGACUGCUGUAUAGUAUUGACAGUGACCAAAGGAUUCAAAGGGAUUUAAUGUGCAGAAGGUUCUGUGGGUUCAGGGUCCAUCAGGGCUCUGCGAGGAAAGCUGCAUCCCUGAUUUAAGUAUCAAGAGUAUCAAGGAUUUAAAGUAUCUGGUGCCAAGGAACAUGUGUUCACUACUUAAUAAACUGGAGAUGUUGGACUUUCCAGCUCCUCUCAAGUAAGAUGUAUAUAUUUUGUAAAUAUUGUAAUUUUGAUUUGAUUGGCCUUUUGUCAUUGUAUCCCAAGCACACUGUUGUCUUAAAUGGGUGUAUGCCCACAUCUUUGGAUUGCUAUGAAAGCAAUCAGUAGAUUUGGAUGCUGAACAUGACCGUCCUGCUUAUUGGUGCGAUUAGUUGCCCAUAUUCAACCAAUAACAUCAGAUGCAUGAUGUAGGUGAAGUUGUUCUUGUAUUUAUUUUUAAUAUAUGAACAUUCAAAAGCCAGCUCUCAAUUGACCUUUCAACAUACUGUGACACUUGUCUAUUUACUGGAAUUAAACCUGUACAGUUUAAAUAUGUGUGGUUUGGAUUCAUAAUAAACAUUUAUGAAGUGGUGUAAAA